AUGUUUGUUUACUUCAGCGGUUUAUGUACGGUCUUAAGAAGUCUCACCGUGCAUGGUUUCACAGAUUUGCUCAGCAUUCUACAGUUAGCUUUUGUCCACAGUCGCUACGACUCAUCUCUUUUCAUUUACAGACAGGGAUCUCACACUGCCUAUCUUUUACUUUAUGUUGAUGAUAUUGUUCUCACUGCAUCAUCUACACAUACUUUAUCCAGGGAAUUCUCUAUGACUGAUUUGGGGGAUCUAAACUACUUUCUUGGUAUAGUAGUCUCACGUGAUCGAACUAGCAUGUUUCUGUCUCAGCAAAAAUAUGCCAUGGACAUUUUAGAAAAAGCAAUAAUGCUCAACUGCAAGCCUGCUCGAACCCCCGCGGAUGUUGCUUCUAAACUUGGUGACACUGGGCCUCCUGUUUCUGAUCUUACUUUAUAUCGGAGUCUUGUUGGUGCCUUGCAGUACCUCAUGUUUACUAGACCUAACAUCAUAUAUGCGGUGCAACAGGUCUGUCUGUUUAUGCACGAUCCCCAUGAGCCCCAUUUUAAUGCUCUAAAACGCAUCUUACAGUACGUUCGUGGUACAAUUUCUUAUGGUCUUCAACUGUAUGCAUCGUCUAAUCAACGCCUAAUAGUAUACUCUGAUGCGGAUUAG